AUGUCUCCACGUCAGGAUACUUAUCUGUCCCUCUGCUUGGAGCAGGCAUCCAAGUCGCCUUUGCACUACCGCCAUGGCUGCAUAAUUGUUAGAGGAGGCAAAGUCAUUGGUCGUGGGUUCAAUCACUAUCGUCCAGGCUUCAACGGUGGGGCUCUGAAGAACGGGCGCAGCAAGACAGCGAGUGAUAUGCUAGUGCAGCAGAAGCCCCAGCAGAAGCCCAAGCAGAAGAACAAAUUCAACAGAAGGGAUGAGGAUCUCCAUGCCUGCGGUGGGAGAGCAGAUGCUCAUAUGGCGUUGUCUAUGCAUGCAGAGAUGAUGGCCAUCCGAUCCGCCUUGUCCUUGUCCUCCCACCCGUCCGGUGCCUCGGCUCGUUCCAACGCGUGGUAUGAAACACCGUGCUUCAGAUCACCAGGUCUUGAAUCUGCAAGACAACAGAGAAGACUGGAGGGAAGAUCGAGUCCGGUGGCUUCACAACACAGAAAGACGUGUGGCGUUUUGAACCCGAUAUACGUGGACUCCUCCAAGCUCAACAACAAUGCUCCCAACCAGCCUGGCCACAACCCGACCACAGAUCAGAAGACGAACGAGAAGAAGACGAACGAGAAGAAGAAUCCUUCUACAGCUCCGCGUCAGUACGAAGUAGGCCAGUACCUGUAUGAAGAUCAUAUUCAGGAGGAAAAUCCUGUGCGUUUAGCAAAAUCCAAACAACGGAGAUGCACGCCAGGUGGCGCUCCACAUCAAGAUCAGGGGCCUAUGCUGGUACCAGCAGCUAAGACUCUUCCAAAGGCCAGGAAACUCCCGCAGAGGCUGGACAGCCGCCUUAACGGAGCAGAUCUCUAUGUUGUCCGGCAGGCAUGGCAGCAUCGCAGUAUGAAGAGGAACAGCCAGCCUGAAUUGAAACAAGACGACGCACUGUCCUCUAUACGCUCAGAUCUGUCGGAGACGUUGAGCGCACCUUGCUCGCCGAAAGGUCCGCUAUCACUUCAUGAUGAGCUCAAGUGUAGUGCGCCUCCACCACCGAAGCUCGCUCUGCAGGAAGGUUCGCAAUGCGAGCCACAGUUUUCCGCUACAUCUUCAAGACCUUGUUAUCGAUGCAUAUUAUACAUGGAGUGGGCUGGAAUAAGACGAGUGUUUUGGACUAAUGAGGAUGAGUAUUGGGAAGGAGGCAAAGUCAGGGACCUUGUGGAUGCUUUGGGACUGAACCAGGCCAGCAAUGGUGCCUCUGAGGACACCAGCGCAGGCAUAUUUAUCACUAAGCAUGAAAUACUCAUGAUGAGGCGCCAGAUGGGUGAUCAUCAGGGACAGAAAGGACGAUGA